UUUCGUGGGCUGGAGAGGUGAGCACACGUUUGCCGCCUCUAGUUUUGAGACACACAAACACACACAAAUGCCUUCUGCGAAGCGUGCUCCCUGCAUUCUAACCUGUACAAUCUUCUGGCGUUUACUCUUAGCACAAGGAGCUAUCAGAACAUACUAUAUCGGAAUUGUGGAGGAGAACUGGGACUAUGCACCAACUGGGAAGAAUUUGAUCACAGGACAAAACCUCACAGAGGAUGAAGAAGCAAUUGUGUAUGUUAGAAGAGGAGACGACAGGGUAGGCCGCGUUUACAAGAAGGCAAUUUUCAGACAGUUCACAGAUGAAACAUACUCUGAAGAAAUUGCCAAACCAUCUUGGCUGGGUUUUCUUGGUCCGGUGCUGAGAGCUGAAGAAAGAGAUACUUUUAUUAUUCAUUUGAAGAACUUUGCUUCUCGGCCUUAUUCUGUCCAUCCACAUGGAGUCUUCUAUAAAAAAGACUCUGAAGGAGCCCUCUACCGUGAUGGAACAAGUGGCAAAAGCAAAGAAGACGAUUUUGUUCUUCCUGGAACCAAUUAUACAUAUACUUGGCCAGUUACAGACGAAUUUGCACCUACUUCGACUGAUCCACGGUGCCUAACUUGGAUUUACCAUUCACACAUCGACACGCCAAAAGAUAUCAACACUGGGUUAAUCGGACCACUGCUGGUUUGUAAGAAAGGAUCUUUAGGCAAUACUUCAGCAUCAGUGGCUGACGACCCAAAAGGCUUUGCCCUGAUGUUCAGCAUUGUAGAUGAAAAUCUCAGCUGGUACUUGGAUGAGAAUAUAAACACCUUCUGCUUAGAUCCCAGCACUGUUGAUAAAGAGGACGAAGAUUUCCAGCUCAGCAAUAAGAUGCACGCAAUUAAUGGCUAUGUUUUCGGAAACCUCCCUGGCCUGGAGAUGUGUGCCAGUGAACUGGUGUCCUGGUAUUUGUUUGGAAUGGGAACUGAGAGCGAUAUUCAUUCUGUGCAUUUCUUUGAUCACACCUUCAUUAAUCGAGGACACCGGGCCGAUGUCGUCAGCCUCUUUCCAGCCACCUUCAUCACAGCAGAAAUGAUCGCUAAGAAUGUCGGAGAGUGGCUUUUGACCUGUCAUGUCAAUCAACACAUAAAAGCUGGUAUGAUGGGAUUAUACAACAUCAAGGCUUGCGGUCAAAAUAUUACUGAGCCUGAACAGAGUGGUCAAGAAAGAAGAUAUUUUAUUGCCGCUGAAAGAAUUCUUUGGGAUUAUGGACCUGGUGGCAUCGAUAAAUUCACUGGGCAGGCUCUAAAUGCUACUGGCAGCGAUUCAGCACCUUUCUUUACACAAGGCGAUGAACGAAUCGGAGGCCGCUAUUGGAAAGCUCACUACGUGUCCUACACCGACGGAACGUUUGCCAGAAGGAAGGCGCGACCUGAAGCUGCUGCUCAUCUCGGCAUACUUGGCCCUGUUAUCAAAGCUGAAGUUGGAGAUACCAUUUUGGUUACUUUUGCCAAUAAAGCUGACAAAAACUACAGCAUGAUGCCCCAUGGAGUAGCUUUCAGCAAAUCGUCAGAAGGAGCCCCUUAUGCAGAUGGGCAUCAGAAGCCUGGAGCUCAUGUUCAACCUGGUGAGACCUUUAUGUACAAAUGGAGGGUUCCUGAAACUGUCAGUCCAACAGACAAUGAUCCACCGUGCCUCACCUACCUAUAUUAUUCAGCAUCUGAUCCAGUGAUGGACACCCAAACUGGUCUCGUGGGGCCUCUAAUAAUCUGUAAGAAGGAUACUCUGGGAGCUGACGGGACACAGAAAGGAGUAAACAAAGAAUUCUAUCUGCUCUUUACAGUCUUCGAUGAGAAUCUAAGUUUCUAUCUUGACACAAACAUAAAUGCGUUUACUGGCGACCCCUCCAAGGUCAAUAAGGAAGAUGAAGAUUUCCAAGAAUCCAACAAAAUGCAUGCUGUCAAUGGCUACCUGUUUGGUAACUUGCCAGGCCUCACCAUGUGUGAGGGUGACCAAGUAUCUUGGCAUAUGGCGGGAUUAGGCACCGAGACGGACAUGCACGGUGUUCAUUUCCAAGGGAAUACCAUCCACUUGAGCGGCACAACGAGGGAUACCCUCGCCUUGUUCCCUCACACAUCAGCAACGGCGCUGAUGCAGCCAGACCGUGUAGGAACUUUCCCCGUGGUUUGCAGAACGUUCGACCACUUUUCCGGUGGGAUGAAGCAACUGUACAAAGUUAAGGCCUGUGGCAAUAAGACACGGGAUGGGAAGCACUAUGGGGUUAUGAGGACGUAUUACAUUGCUGCGGAAGAAAUGGAGUGGGAUUAUGCUCCUGACAAGAGCUGGGCAGAGAAGAAGGUGGAGGCAAACAAAGAGGAAAGUUAUGGGCAUGUAUUUGUGCGUCAAACUGAAGAACUCAUUGGUUCAAAGUACAAGAAAGUGGUUUAUAGAGAAUACAAAAGUGGAGAGUUCACGGAGCACAAAAAGAGGACUGCAAAGGAAGAACACCUGCAAAUUCUAGGGCCCUUGAUCCAUGCAGAGGUUGGAGACUCAAUACUAAUUGUAUUUAAGAACAAAGCGAGUAGACCCUACUCAGUAUCAGCACAUGGCGUUGAAGAAGAAGGAGCUGGGAGUGAAGCACGCAUCACUAUGCCAGGAGAAAUCAGCACUUACCGAUGGAAUGUCCCAGAAAGAUCAGGUCCUGGUGUCUCCGAUCCUAAUUGUAUUACUUGGGUUUACUACUCAACAGUGCAUUUUGUAAAGGACAUGUACAGCGGUUUGAUCGGACCACUCAUAAUUUGCAGAGAAGGAGUGUUAAAUGAAAAGGGUUUAAGGACAGACGUUGACCGUGAAUUUGCUCUUCUGUUCCUGGUCUUUGAUGAAAAUGAGUCCUGGUAUUUGAAUGGAAACGUUGAGAAAUAUCUACAGAAGAAUCCUGAAGCAUUUAAUGGCACCGAUGACUUUGUGGAAGGGAACAAUAUGCAUGCAAUCAAUGGAAAGAUCUAUGGCAAUCUCCAUGGUUUAACAAUGAAUGAAGGGGAAAACACCAAUUGGUACCUGAUAGGAAUGGGAAAUGAAAUUGACCUCCAUACUGUCCAUUUCCAUGGAGAGAGCUUUCUCUUCAAGAUGGAUCAUGAACACAGAGGAGAUGUGUAUGACCUCUUCCCCGGCACCUUUCAGACAGUAGAACUUGUAGCGUUUAAUCCCGGGACAUGGCUUCUACAUUGUCAUGUCCACGAUCACAUUCACGCUGGGAUGGAGACAACCUAUACGAUCAUCAGAUUAGAUGGUGUAGGACAUGUAACCACAACCACAGUAGAUGAUGCAGUUACUGGCAAUGUCAAGACUACUGGAAAAGAUAUAAAAGGUAAUAGUAGAGCGGGAGUAGAAUUCUUGGGGAAAACUCUGGGCCUGGGAGAAGCAAGCUCAGUCCUCAAAGCUCUUUUUCUCACUGGACUUGUGCUUUUAGCGGCCAUCUUGAUCCUUAUGUUUGUUAUUGUAUGCCAGAAGAAAAGAGGCUAUUAUAGCUCCAUCAGUCACAAGUACGAUCUUCCAAUGGAGCCCCUCUAAGCUGACUGCACAAAAGACUGUUGGUAUAUCUUGAGGUAAGACCAAAAGC